AUGAAGAAUAUAUUUCAAAAGAAUUUGAGUUUGAUUUCGUUACUCGAAGCGAUAAAUGGAAAUUCUACAAUCCAGGAUUCUUCGAACACUCAACAACAGAAUGCAAUUUCAACGUCAAAACCUUCUAAAAAACGAAAGAUUAAAGAAAUCGAAACUAAAAUUCAAGUUAAUAAAAAACAAAUUAAGACUUCUAGUAAAAAUCCAAAUAUUCUUUAA